AUGCAGGCGUGGCUCAUUGCCUUUGGUGUUCUCACCGUCUAUUACUGGACGGUCCAGCUGCUGCGCUACAAGCACUACCGCCACAUCCAUCAGCGCUAUGGUGGACGCUACGCCAUCGACGGCGAGCAAGCCAGCAAGGGCAAGCCGCGCAUGAUUGAUUCGUACCGCGGCGUGCGCGAUGCGCAGCGAAUCUUGCGACUCGCCGCAAGCAUGGAUCAUCCAUUCGUCUUUACCAAGUCGCUCGAGUUUGCGCUCUUCCGCACGUACGGCAUCCCGACCAUCUCGUCGCUGCUCCUGCAUACGGGCCAGCUGGGCAAGGCCGACAAUGCCGGUCGCCGAUACGUCGACACUGCUGGCCUCAUCCAGUCCUUCAUGACCUUCCCCGUGCCCAGGCUCGAUCUUCCGGACGGCGGCGAGUCCAGCACAGCCCCAGCCGACCGCCAGGGCUGGGAGCACUUUGGCGAGGACCCGGACGAUCCGAGGUCGUCGAUCGCUCUGGCGCGCGUCAACUUCCUCCACGGCCGAUGGAAGAGCAAGAUCUCCAACGACGAUCUGCUGUAUACGCUGAGCGUGUUCAUCAUCGAGCCGGCCAAGUGGAUCGACCGCUACGAGUGGCGCAAGACGAGCGCGCUCGAAAAGGAGGCCAUGUUUGCACUCUUCUACCACAUCGGACGCUGCAUGGGCAUCCAAAACAUCCCCGAGACGCGAGAGGAGCUCAUCCAAUGGAGUCUCGCCUACGAAGAGAACUACAUGAAGUUCGAGCAGUGCAACCACGAGGUGGCGCAGCACACCACCGCGUUGCUCAUGUAUGCGCUGCCCAGCAUGCUGCACGGCUUUGCGACGCAUCUCGUCGUCUCGCUUAUGGACGAGCGGCUUCGAGUGGCCAUGGGAUACCCCUCUGCGCCCGCCUGGGUCAUGAGCUUCAAAGACACAUUCUUCCGCCUGCGCGCCCUGGUCGUGGGUUCGCUCAUGCUCCCGCGAUCCAAGCCGCUCGCCAACAUCCCCAUCGGCUCAGACGAGGCCGGCAAGGUCUUCUCCGUCGAAAACCUGCUCAGCGAAGGCAUCCCCGGCGUAUGUCCUGCUUCGGGCAUCCGUGCUGAUGAGGGCAAAACCUGCCCCGUUGGCGGCCACCUCCAUGCCGAGAAAGCCGCAGGUGGAGGCUUCAAGCCCGCUGCAUGGCGCAUGGAGCUGCGCUGGUACGAAAACGAGCCCGCCUACGCACGACCCUUCGAGCCCUGGUCGGCCGGCUGGGUCGCUGAGGAGGCCAAGAUCGCGCUCGGCCUGCUGCGGAGCGAGGACCGACGCGGCGCGCAAAAGUGGAUGCCCGCCACCCUCCCCGUGCCGCAAAAGCUGCAGCAAGGUAAAGAUGCCGGCAAGCCCAUCCCUGGCUUUGGUGGAUUCAGGCUCGAAGAGAUGGGUCCGAAGGGGCUCGAGCUCAAGGGCAGGAACGAGGUGCUCGCCAACGCGGAAAAGCUCCACGGAGGAAAGCUGCAGGGCAAGUGGGCGUUUGAGCCUUAG